AUGAUCUCUUUGCCUCCAUUAGCAAUAAGGCUAGUCCUACUAAAUCUAAUGCUAAUUGGGGUAGUGGUCAAUGCCAUUGACCUCAAGGCUAUCUGCAAAACCACAUUGUACCCAGAUUCGUGCUUCAAAGGGCUCGCCCCAAUUGUCGAGUCACGAGUUGACAACGUUGGACUCCCCGAAGUGCACAGGUUGUCCGUUGGAUUAGCGAUUGACGAGGUCUUGUUAGCCGCCAAUGGAUUCCUCAAAUUAGAAGAGGAGUUCAAGAAUGUGUCAAACGCCAUGUCGUUAAGGGCACUCAAAUUCUGUCGUGAAAUGCUCCGUACCCGCGCGUUUACUAGUCUCAACGGUUGUUUGACCACGCCGCCUAAUAACGGUAAACCGUCGACAACCGAAGCGUUCGAGGACCUCAAGACGUGGCUAACCGCCGCCGGGGCCUACCACCAGACGUGCAUCGACGCGGUUGAUGAGGCAAAGGAUGAGGUACUGAAACACGCGGUUUUGGAGCGACUCAAGAGUUCCAUAGAGUCGACAAGUAAUAGUUUGACGAUCUUGCGCGCAUUUGAAGAGUCUUUGGUUGGUAAACGGCGACGGGGGAUGGGUUUCGGUGGCAUGUCGAAGUGGAUUUCUGAGAGGGAGAGAAAGAUACUCGAAAGUCGGGUGGAUGAUAUACAUGUUGACGUUGUGGUGGCUAAAGAUGGGUCGGGAAGAUUUAAAACUAUUGGAGAUGCACUUAAGGUCGUACCCAGUACUGGUGCUAGGUUCGUGAUGUAUAUCAAAGCAGGAGUUUAUAAUGAGAUUUUGAGAAUUGAUGCUAGCAAAUCCAACCUUACCAUGAUUGGUGAUGGGAUGGACGCUACAAUUGUUUCCGGCCACCUUUGCGCCGGUGGUGGCGUUGGAACAUACGAUUCCGCCACAGUUGAUAUUUCCGGCGCAGGUUUCAUAGCUAAGAACAUGGGAUUCGAGAACACGGCCGGCCCUAAAAUGGGGCAAUCAGUGGCGCUGAAGGUGGAAUCAGACAAGGCAGUAUUCUACCAAUGCAAAUUGGCCAGCUACCAAGACACCCUCCUCGUACAAUGCAACCGCCAAUUCUUCUACAAGUGCAAAAUCUACGGCACAAUCGACUUCAUCUUCGGCUACUCCGCCGCCGUCUUCCAAAACACCGAUAUCCUCAUCCGCAACCCUUCACCGUAUCCGGUAACCAUCAUCACCGCCCAGGGCAAAUACGAGCCGGCCGCCAGCUCCGCGUUCUCCUUCAUAAAAUGCACCAUUUCGGCGGCCGAAGAUAUUGGGAAUGUCCCCACGUUCCUAGGCCGGCCCUGGAAAGAUUACUCCACCACGGUUUUCUUGUACUCCGAUAUGGGAAGGCUUAUUGAUCCCAAAGGUUGGUCGCCUUUCGACAAUAAAGCGCCACCGGGCGCGAUUUACUACGGCGAGUAUAAGAACUCCGGCCGCGGAUCGCGGACCGAGCAAAGGGUACGCUGGAAGGGCGUGCAUUCAAGAAUGAGAUUUGCUGAAACUAUCCAGUUUAGUGUGGAUGCUCUUAUUGAUGGCAAGGAUUGGAUUCCAGCAACGGGGGUUCCCUAUACUAGUGAUCAAAAUAUUAAAUUGAUCAAAUCGAUCAAUUCAAGGAAGUUAAUAAAUUAA